GUCGAUCUCAAAUCUCGGCAGCGCACGCGCCGCCCGCCCAGUCACCGGCCGCCCGCCUCGCAGCACGCCACGCACUACGUCACUACAGGUUUUGGAGAAAAGGAAAUUCGAUCCGACUCAUGGACACGAGUUGAUUUAGCAAGAUGUCAUUUAGAAAUUACUAUGACUCGUCAUCGUAUGGCCGGAGUCGAGACGUCGGGAGGAGCGCUGCGAGCGCCUCCUCCGACCGCCCAACCAGCGUCACCGCUAAAUACACCAGCAUCACUCCCUCCUACAAGUCAUCUAGUAUACCUGUCCUAAGCCCUGACCGGACAAAAGAUGAGUCUUCCAUUUCCGCUAUCGCCAACAGAUACGCUAAUUACGGAAAAGCCGAUAAAUCUACCAAUAAGUACGAAAAAAAGGAUUACGAUAAAUCAACUACCACUUCUAAAUACGAUAAAAAAGAAUACGACAAACCAAUCUCGAAAUUUGAAAAGAAGGAUUACAUCGAUAAAUCGCUCUCGAAAUAUGAUAAGAAGAAUUACGCUGACAAAACCGCUUCUAAAUAUGAAAAGAAAGACUAUAGUAAACUAACUUUACCGUCUCCAUUAACUACCAGCAGGAGCAGGGAUGUGAGUCCAAUAUCAACAUCUUCGAAAUACAGUAUCACUCGAUCUUCCAGGCACGCAAGUCCUGAACGAAGAACUACAAAAAACUUCAAAGAUAAAAGUAGAGAUUCCAGUCCCCCAGAUCGUGAAAAAGACAUUCCAAACAAGACUGAUAAGUCUACAGGUUAUAACAGCCUGUCGAGCUACAAAUUGUACCCCCGAACUUCAAAUUAUAAUCGACCUGCUUCGAGAGCAGAAGUUAAGCCUGAAAUAACCGUGAAUAGAUAUUCCAUAACUAAUCGUUUAUCGUCAAAUUAUUUGAGAAGCCCACCAACUGUUAGUAGAACAUCGGUAUCUCCCAUAAAUCAUACUGAUUCUAUAAAAAAUACAAAAAAUUCCGACAUAGAGAAAUCGAUUUCACCUAUAGCAUCGCGAUCAUCUGUUCCAACCACAGAUGAGAGGAAUGAAUCACAAAAAGAAAACAGCAACGAAAUUACAGAUAAUGGGUCCGAUAAUGCAGUUGAAGAAUACGAAACUGUUACUGUGGUGACACGUCACACGUCACCAACCCCACCAGGCUCUUCUGCAUAUGUUAGAAGUAGAAGAGCUGAUAUGGCAAAAACAGUCGAAAAAAGUAUGACAAGACUCAAACAUAGACCACAAAUGAUAGAUAAGGAGAUACAGUCAGACAGACUAGAUGAUCCUACGCGAUCCAGCAGAUUUGGUAGUACUGCUAGAGCUAGUUCCACAAACUGGUCAUAUUACACACCAAAUUCAACUUCAUACACAGGAUAUGCAGGAAGAUAUUCUACUCAAUAUUCGUCCUUGCGCGAAAAUACAAAUAAUUCUUGUAGUGAUAGGAGCAGUCGAAGUCAUAGUAAUGAACGUUUGUCUAAAGAAGCCAUGGCUUCCCAUUCCCAUACAGACAGUAGUAAAGAAGUAGAAAAGCCUAUGACUCCUCUUAACAAUAUACCCGAAUCAAAUCAAGAAAUAAUUGCGACUUACGAUCAGGAUCAAGACGACGACACUUCUGAAAUUAUUAUAAACGUCAAUCUUAAAUUAAAAAAGGCUAACAAUCCAUUAGUGACAGCCUCAGCUGAACUAGUGUCCCCAGAAAUAACAAUUAACAACAGUAAUCUGCCGCCACAAGCACCGAAACCAGAAGGAGCAGCAAAAUCUAAAAAGGUCAAGACACGGAAAUCUAGCACGGAUUCAACCUCAGACUCAGGGUCAAAGAAAAAAGUUAUAAAACGAAGAAGCAAAUCAGUCAGCUCUACUGAGUCAGAUCAGGGCAGCGAUGGAAAAGACUCAAAUUCACCGCCUAAAAUAGCUGCGAUAAACUCAUCAAAUAGUAAUCUACAAAAUGGCCACGUGAAAUUGAAACAUUCCAAAUCUAGGGAAAGCAAAAGCCCUGAGUCAGUUAGCACACUAUCUACGCAAUCUUCAAUAAGCGAAGAUGAUACGGUAUCAAAGUCAAAAACUAACGAUGCCCGUACUUCAGCCGAUGAAAUGUCCAUACCAACGGAUAGAUCAGGUAAACAAUCUUCCCCUGUGCUAUCUCAGAAAAACGAUGGUACUGAAGAAGCAAAGUCAUUUUUAAUAAGAGCUUUAGCACCUGUUACGAAUCUGUUCAAAAUAAGACAUCAGGAUUCCAGUGAAAAUAGAAGUUGGCCAGAGAAUACCACCUCGGAAUCUACUGGCAAAGAUGUAUCCAACCUCGUAACAGAAAGCGAUAGAUCCAGUAAAAGUAAAAAUAACACGAAUAACAUAAUUGCAUCGAAUGAUGAUAACUUAGUAAAGCUGAAGGGUAUAAGGCAUAUUGAAUCUGGUGAACGAGCUUGGUGGGUAGAAUCAACAUCUGACAAACCAUCUAAUUUUCAAAACGGUGAUACUAAGUCACUUUCGGAAAAGAACAUACCUAAAAAAAUCAGACAUAUUGAGUCUGGUGAAAGAGCUUGGUGGUUAGACCCAACUACCGAAAACCAAAAUGAAAAUAUUACACAACAAACUAACCUUUCAGAUAGUACAGAUCCCAGUAAAGCACUUAAAAAAUGUAAAUUUGUAGAGGAAGAGAAGCCAUGGUGGCUGGACAGCUCUGCAAAUAUCCCAGAAGGUGUUGAAAGAUUAACUCCACCAAGAAAAUCUUCUAGUGAGAGCGAUAAGAGUGAAAAAUUUAACUUCUUUAAAGUUCGGCAUAUAGAAUCAGGAGAGCAAAAAGAUUGGUGGCUUACAAGUAAUGAAAAUUCUUCCAACAGUAAACUUGAUGGUCCAAACAACCUUAGCCACUCCGGUUCAGAUCAAAAAAGUUUUCCUCUAAGACGUAUUCGACAUGUCGAGUCGGGAGAGAGACCUUGGUGGUUAUCAAGCAACAAGAACAUUCCAGAAGGUAUAGAGAAACUACCAACUCCUCCACCUCAACCUGAUAGUGACAGUUCAGACUCCGAAGAAGUCCAAGUGUACGUGCCGCCCAGUCAGAUUCCACCUUUCCCGUUACAUUUACCAGACGAUGAGCCUCUUGGCGCCAGGAGGAGUCCUGAGGGCCUAGAAACUCCAAAAGAAAGUAAGGAAUAUCGAGACCUUUCACCACCUUACGAGAACAGUCGUCAAUAUAAACGAAAAAACUCAAAUUUUUACCAAAAAGGAGUAGAAAAGUAUAUAUCCCGAUACACGGACAUCGACGAUAUACUGGGCACAUCAGGUCAGAUUUACAGUCCAUUCAUGGACUCGAUACUAGCUAGAAGAACGGGUCAAACGUCCUUUGAUGAUGACGAGUGUGAGGAAAUAGACCCGACGCAAGUUCGAAUACACGACAGCACUGCACAGAUGCCAGUCAUAAAGAAACUACGUGGCAGAGGAGAGGUCGUUGACUACCGUGAGCAAAAUCAGCUGGAUGAUGCGACGUUGCAGGUGUUCAAGGACGGCGACUAUGGACCCUACCUCGACCUGGACUCGACCUUGGGCGAGCAGGACGAAGAGUUGGAAGGUCUACAAGAUAGUCGCAAGAAUGCCCUCGUUCUACGCACUCAACUAUCGGUCAGGGUGCAUGCUAUUAUCGAGAGGCUGCUACACUCCCAAGGGCGGGAGCUCCGCAAGGCCCUCUUCACCCUCAAGCAAGUUCUCCAGUCUGACAAGGAUCUGGUGCACGAAUUCGUGGCUAAUAAGGGCCUCGACUGCCUCAUGCAAGUCAGCAGCAUGGCGGACCACAACUUCUUGGACUAUAUUCUAAGAGCCCUUGGCCAGAUCCUUCUGUACGUGGACGGCAUGCACGGGGUGAUGGCACACAAGCGCUGUGUCCAGUGGCUAUAUUCACUCAUCUCCAGCAAAUUCCGGCAUGUAGUCAAAACUGCACUUAAGCUGCUUCUGGUGUUUGUCGAGUAUACUGAACAGAACUGUUUGCUCCUCAUCGACGCCAUCCACGCAGCAGAUAGCUCUAACGGCAGGCAACCCUGGUACAACGUUAUGAAAAUCCUUCAAGACUUCGACGCUUCAGACACAGAGCUGCUUAUAUAUGCCACUACUCUCAUAAAUAGAUGCCUCAACAAUGUUCCCGAUAGAGACACAUAUUAUGAUCAAGUGGAUGCAUUGCAGGAUCAGGGCAUGGACGAUAUAAUACAGUUAUAUAUGUCCAAACAAGGCACAGAUUUAGAUUUGUUGAGACAACUACAAAUAUUUGAAGCUGUACUUCUCUACGAGGAUGGUGACGAAAGCGGAACAGCAUUAAAACAAUUAGACGAAUCAGUUAUAAAUUCUGUACGAAGAAGAAGUCUCAGCUUGAAUGGCGCAGAAAGGAGGAAAUCUAAAAAACUACAAUCGAAAGAAAAAGCAAAACCGCCACUCAUCACUCAUACGGAACCCGACAUCAAAACCACAAAUCAUCGAGCGACAUUUUUACCGUCAAUCAUAGAUAAUAAAGAAAACAAGGAACUGAAUACAGCUUUAAGGAGAAGAAGAGAUAGGUUCGCGAGACAGGCCCAUCAUAUCAUACAGCAACAAGAACUUCUAAAUAACUCACAUAACAUUUACAACGGACUGUUCAACAAUUACAAUAGCAACCAUGUUAACACUAAUGGAAACUAUACCAAUGGAACUUAUACCAACAAUAACGGACAUUAUCAAAGUUUAAAUGGCAAUGCAAACGGUACUGAAAACUACAAUAAUGCUACGAAUGGACAACAUGAUGAAGACGCCACAUAUAACAGGACAAAGACUCAUAACUUAGGAGACAUCCUGAAAAAUGGUAACCAAAGAUACACAUCUGGUCUAAAGCAGAGAAUCCAAAAUGGUACACUUGGCAGCGUGACAGCAGUGGAUACUCUGACGGUAAUGAGACAAAAACAAAUCGACUCCCCCGAGGUUAAAGAUGACCGAGGAAUUCUUUUAAAUAGGGAGCAUAGUAUCAAAGAUCUGGCCCAAAGACUAACCAGCCCCGUGAGCCCCACAACGGAAGAAAAACCACUAAGAGUGUCUGAUAUGGCCGGUAUUGUAUCAAAAGCCAAAGAAGAAUUAGCAAAGUCUCAGUCUAAGGAAGUCAUAAAAAGUCCUACUAUAGAAAUCGCCCCCAAAGUGCAUGAAAUAAAAGUAUCAGAAAAUGAUUUGCACUGGGAAGAGUUGAAAAAAGGUUGUCUGAACAGGGAGUUCCAUUUGUGUGACUUGGAUUUCUCUGACUUACGACUGGACUCGGAUGACGACGUAGAUUCUCCAGCGGCGAAUGCACCUGGUGUGCCACCGCCACCGCCUCCAGGAAUGUUCCCUCUACUCGGCAUGCCUCCUCCGUUACCGGGCUCAUUCCCACCACCACCUGCGCCAUUUCCUCCACUUCUUAAAUGCAAUGUUCCUGCUCCGCCACCUAAACCACCUUUAUCAUCCGAAAUGUGCAAUGAUUCGGAUAGUUCCACGAUAAAAAAGAACAAGAAGACAGUAAAACUGUUUUGGCGUGAGAUCCACGAAAACCCAAUGCCAUUCACCGUCAGAUCCAAAGUUGGUGGGUUAAUCUGGGAUGAUCUACCAGAAGUCCCAUUGGAUACUAAUAUGUUAGAACAUCUAUUUGAAUCGAAAACCAAUGACUUAGUAAUCAAGGAGAAACUUAUGGAACCAAAAAGAAAUUUAAUAUUGGACGCUAAACGUUCCAACGCUAUCAACAUCGCCAUGAAAAAACUACCGACACCUCAAACUAUCAAGGCUGCUAUCAUGAAAAUGGACGCGACUGUAGUAGGCAGAGAAGGCAUUGAGAAACUUCUUACCAUGCUUCCAACUGAGGAAGAAAAAGUUAAAAUCCAGGAAGCUCAGUACGCCAAUCCAGAUCUACCACUCGGUAGCGCAGAACAGUUCCUAUUAACCCUAGCCUCCAUAAAUGAGCUGUCUUCAAGACUUAAACUAUGGGUCUUUAAAUUGGAUUUUGACAAUUUAGAGAAAGAAAUAGCAGAGCCACUUAUGGAUUUAAAACAAGGGAUAGAAUUGUUGAAGAUGAACAAAACGUUCAAAGUAAUAUUGUCUACCUUAAGAUCGGUGGGCAGUUUCCUGAACGGAAGCCAGGUGAAAGGAUUCCGCCUUGAAUACCUAUCCAAAGUCAUGGAAGUGAAGGACACGGUACACAAACAUCCACUUCUGUACCACAUCUGCGAAAUGAUCAUAGAAAAAUUCCCAGAUAGCACGGACUUCUUCAGUGAGGUUGGCCCGGUAAUUCGAGCAUCGAAGGUGGAUUUUGACAUCCUCAGCACCAAUCUACGCAAGCUAGAGACAGAAUGCAAAGCUUCGUGGGAUCACAUGAAACGCGUCGCCAAACACGAUAGCUCACAAAUCAUCAAAACCAAAAUUAAUGAAUUCCUUACAGAUGCUGCCGAAAGAAUAAUUCUUCUAUCCGUCAUUCAAAAGAGAGUGAUGAGCAGAUACAGCAAGUUCUUACUGUACUUGGGAGUACCCCUGGGAGACCUUACCAAAACGAAGCCUUCAGAGUUCUUAAAGGUGAUUGCGGAGUUUGCGCUCGAGUACCGUACCACGCGAGAGAGAGUACUACAACAGCUGGAGAAGAGAGCUAACCACAGGGAGAGGAACAAAACAAGGGGAAAAAUGAUUAUUGACGUUGGUAAUUACAACGCUAAGAACGGUGACCACACCGCUGACAGUGCACUGAAGGAACUGCUAAAGACUGACCCUGACACCGAUAGUCUCACUGAAAACCGAAGGAAGUCUCAAGCAACUAACAGAAGAAUACUUGUAAACGGUGAUAUGGCGGACGAUGAAAUAAUCGAGAGCCUCGUGCGAUCAGCGACGUCAAAGCGGAGGCCGGUGCCGCGUGAUCGUAGAAGGAAUCGAAUCUCGGAUAAGAAAAACUUGAACAGAACCCUGGAUGGAACUCAGUCAUGGCCCGGACGAGAAAGUAGCCCAGGGUCACAUCAAAACAUACAACAUAGGUAGAAUUAUGAUAUUUUAACAUGUAAAGGCAGUCACCGGGAGUAUUCGCGUAUCAAUGACAGUAGGUGUUCUAUUAGCUCACGGAGCUUGACAGAGCGUAGACGACAUGUCGACAUGGCAAUUCUCUAGUGACGUGACGUUUUCAAUAUCGAUAUAUUUUUAUUAUGUAUGAAACAAAAUGUGAAUAAAAUAAUACCACGUUUUCAUUUAAGUUAAUAUUUAUUCAUCUGAAUCAUCUAACGUUAAUUUUAUUUCUAAAAUAUUAUUCUUAGUUUUCAAUAAUUUCUUGCUAUAUUUAUAAUUUUGAUUGACCAUAAAUAUUUAGAUUAGAUUUCUUUUAAAUCUAUUGUUUUUCUUUUGUGUUAAUGUUAAUUUCUAAUUCAAUGAAUUAUGUGAGCGAGAUUAUAAUCGAUAAACGCGGUCGAUGCGGACUCGUGCGACACUAAGACUAAGACGCCGCGGGGACUGUGCGGGUGUGCGGGGCGACCCCGCCUCCGCGGCUCACCUCAUGCCCCGAUUGCCAUGUCGACCUGUCGUCAACAGUAGAGACGCUUUUGUAACAAGAGGUCGAUUUCACACAGCAGAAUAUGAAUGGUGAUAUGUUUCACCAUCUAUGGUUCAUAUCAUAUGGUUUAUAGUCUAUAGUGAGCAUAAAUUUCGCGAAUAUUUAUAAUGAUAGGUAAUUCUGGAAUAGGUAUCAACUGUUAGGUAGAGGUGUCCUUUGUUCGCAUACUAUGUUAUGUCCUGUUAAUGAUGUUCAUAAUUUUUUCUUCAUGAUAAAGUAAUCACUCUUUAUACCGUCGUUAUCUAUUACUAAUAGGCUUCCUUCAUAAUUGUUGUUGUCCCAGGAUUUUUCCUUCAUUGUGCUGUAGUAUCUCGCUUGUUGCUUUAAUGAU